AUGUCGUCUGGAGGUGCGUUCCCCUGGGUCACGUGGCGCGAACGGGAACAGAUGUGACAUGGGGAGGACGUCUGAACUGACCGCCGACGGCUGACGGGUCACCAAACCCCCCUGCUCCCCUUCGCGCAGGCGCUGGAGGCAAGACCGGAGGAAAGGGCGGCAAGGGUGGCAAAGGUGGCAAGGCCGGUGGAGAUCCCAAGGCUCAGUCGACCAGGUCCCAGAAGGCUGGCCUUCAAGUGAGUGCAUCGUCGAAUACCUACUCCACAACUCGUCUCGUUUCGUCGCGCCCGUCAUGCCGGGUGGUGGUGCUCGACAAUCAAGCUCGCCCGGCUCGAGCGGCAGGCGACUGCGCAGUGGCCUGCAACAACCAAUCCCAACAUUCUACAUCUUCUCUCAACAACACGUUCGACCGCUCAUCCACAUCGUUGCAGUUGCCCGUGGCUCGCCCUAACGCUGGGUGGGUCCGAGGGCGCGCGCACGGUCCAGUCUGGCAGCGGCCUUGUUUUGACCCGAGUCGAGGCGCCUCGACGCGCGCCGCGUGUCUCUUUUGUUUGGCCGAUCUGCCUACCAGCCCAGGCGCCCAUUCGAGCGAGCAGAAUCCGCGAUCACAGAAAACAAAGCAAUGUCGAUGCUCCGACUUGUUUUCGCUUUGUGCAAUUCGUCAUGGAUCGCCGCCAUCGCCAUAACCCGACACUGUGUGCAUCAACCCGAGCCACACCAGACCUCAGCAACGCCCGCUCAGGCAGACCCAGAUUGGCUGAUGCGCAUAUUUGCUCUGGUCUUUCCAAUCGUUCUACAGUUCCCUGUCGGUCGUAUCCAUCGUUACCUCAAGGCCCGCACCCAGAACAACAUGCGCGUCGGUGCCAAGGCUGCCGUGUACGCCUCGGCCAUUCUGGAGUACCUCACCGCCGAAGUCCUCGAACUCGCUGGUCAGUCCACUGCGACAAUGCAAAAGCCAGCCUGACUCGCAGCAACUGACAAUCUCGACUUCUUUUCGUGAUCACAACCAGGUAACGCCUCGAAGGAUCUCCGUGUCAAGCGUAUCACUCCCCGUCACUUGCAACUCGCCAUCCGAGGUGACGAAGAGCUCGACUCGCUCAUCCGCGCAACCAUCGCUGGUGGUGGUGUCUUGCCCCAUAUCCACAAGGUGCGUUUCGUCUUGCCCUACUGCUGUGAACCAACGACGACUGACCUGGAUGCGCGUGGGCGCCCCGUGCAGAACUUGAUCAAGGUACCCGGACAACUUCCCCCGCAGGGCAUGCAGAUGUCUCAGAUGAAGAUGGGCAAGAAGUGAGGGCUUUAUGCCCUUGUUUCUUCGUCGUCCUCGCCUCUCUGUUCCCGGUCGCUUGUUUUAUUCGUUGUAGGAAUUUAUCCCCCCCCCCCCCCAGCGUCCGCCUUUGUCGAAUCACUUCGCCUCUGGUCGCCAGCUCAAGAUCACUAUCUCCCACUCUGUGACGACUUUCGUGUAAUGUCUUCCCGCCGACCAUCAUCAACCCGCUUUCUCCCUUCCCUUCGAAAGAGUCCGUUGUUGUGCUUUUCUUUUCGCCUUCCCACCUUCCGAGUUUGAACGACCUUGUUGUGCCUACGUGCGACGUGAUCUGAUCCUCACUUUUCAUUGCCCUUUGCGGUGAAACUUGCAACAUUGACUCGUUUCGAACGCCUACGGAUUCGACCAUUGUUAGUUUCGGAACGCCUCGUAAAGGCAAAACCACCUUUUUUCGGGUCCAGUAGCUUUGUUGCCCCUCCGGUGCUGCAAAGGUCUUCGUUCUGCUGACCAAUACAAACUUUCGCUUUUCUUCUCGGCUUACACCGUGCUUCAUCGCCCUUGUUAAGAGAGAGGGAUAGUCGAGUGUGUUAGAACAAGAGGAGUGUGGGACGACGCAUUCGGGAUCGAUCUAGUAUGCGAUCUCUUCCCGUUCGUCCAUCAUGACGGCGUCACCUACAAGACCCCUGCGCAGCAAGCGGCGAUGGCGAGACUGGGGGCGAUUCAUGGACCUCUUUCCUAG